CACACACACACACACACACACACGGGCUGUAAUCACUCUAAUCUCUCUGAGUGUUUGGCUCUGUUCUGCUCUCCCAGUAUUUCUCAACACACGAAGGGCUGUACUUAAUGUCAAACUGCGUUCAUAGUAUUAUUCAGGUUUGGUAAAACAGAACUUCAUGAAGUAUGGCUCCUUCAGAAGAUAAUCCAGUUUGAUGGAAAUACAGCAGAGGCCAAGCUGCGUCACCAGAGGAGCCCCGUGCUUGUCCAGCUGCCAUGGCUGCACUGAGGAAAGAAUUCCUAGGAAUGCUGUGGAAUGUUGGGAAUGUCGGAGAAGGGGCCUCCACCCUGUAGUGUGCGCUGCUGUAGGGUGGAACCGCAGCACUCUUCCUGCUCUAGUAGUGCAGAACUAGAGCCCUUCUCAUGAACAUAUCAGACGUUUACUGCGACUGUUUCUCUCUUAUCUUCAUGUGAGCUGUUUGAAGCAGUCACUCUUACUCCUGCAGGUCCUGCAUGCUGAGAUGCCCUGAGACAGAGAGUGACGCCCAUCAGAGCUGCAUGAUGGUCUAGCUCCGCCCACUCUGUCAGGAUGCUGGCCUCUGUGGUCUCUGGAAAUAACGGAGGGCGAGCGCUGACCCUGAAGGGCGUCGACCCAGAAACAUGUAUGAUCGUCUUCAAAAACCACUGGACACAGGUUCUGAGGAUCCUGGAGAAGCACGAUCCGGUUCGCGGCGGUGCCGUUGUUCUGCGCUUCGGCCCGAUCCCCGGCGAUGAGGCGAGCGCCGUGCAGAACUACGUGGAGCACAUGCUCUUCCUGCUGAUGGAGGAAGAGAGCGGUCAGGGCGGGGCCAUGGGGACCAUCCUGGAGUUCGUGGUGGUGGAGAACGUGAUGGAAAAGCUGUUUCUGUGGAGUCUGCGGCGCGAGUUCACCGACGACAUGAAGCUGGAGCAGCUGCGCAUGUACAAGAUGCUGGUGGCGCAAGCCAAACAACCGCUGCUACACCACAAACCCAUCCUCAAACCUCUGAUGAUGCUGCUGUCUGCCUGCUCCAGCUCCUCCACCAUGGGACCCUCAUCCUCCUGCACAGUGGGGCCCAAAAGCAGCAGCUCCGCCGCAGAGCUCAUCUGCGCCAUAGGGCCCUCAUCCUCCUGCACUGUGCGGCCCAAAAGCAGCAGCUCCGCAGCAGGGCUCACCUGCGCCAUGGGACCCAGCAGCUCUGCGGUGGAGGUAGAGCUGGUGUCUCUGCUGCAUCAGCUGUGCCGAGUGCUGGUCAAGGAAGCCUCCGUGCUGGAGCUGUUCUUCCAUAGCAGUCAGGAUCAAGGAGCCGCCAACUUUCUGCUCUUCUCUCUGCUCAUCCCAUUCAUCCACCACGACGGGACGGUCGGUGCGCAGGCCAGAGACGCCCUCACCCUCAUCAUGAGCCUCUCGUCUCAGAACAGCCUGGUGGCCAAACACAUCGUGGAGAACACCUACUUCUGCCCGGUGUUGGCCACGGGUCUCAGCGGUCUGUAUUCCGGUCUGCCGGCUAAACUGGAGGUUUACAGCGAGGGCUGGUUCUGUCUGGAGAGACACGACUGGCUGCAGCUUCCAGCGCUGUUACAGUUCCUCAACUCACUGCACUUCUGCAGCACUGUGUGCAAGGUGGCUCACCCCUCUAUCAGAGAUCAGCUCCUGGGCUACAUCUACAAUGGUUUUCUCGUUCCUGUCAUGGCUCCUGCGCUUCAUAAGCUGACUCUGGAGGAGGUGAUGGCAACGACGGCGUAUCUGGAGCUCUUCCUGCGCAGCAUCUCUGACUCCGCCCUCCUCCAGACCUUCCUCAUCUUCAUCCUCAGACAUCGCCAUGACAACGUCAGCAUCCUGGACACGCUGGUCAGCAGGAUCAACACACCGUUUCAGCUCGGUACCGUCUCUCUGGCUCUGUUCCGCACUCUGAUUGGUCUGUAUUGUGAAGAUGUCAUGCUGCAGUUAAUUCUCAGGUAUUUGCGUCCUCUUUCUCUUCCUCAAUGCAAAUGGCUGCAAUCUCCCUCCUUCUUCAUUCCCAAACCCUGCUCCUCUCCACCGCAGACGCCCAAACCCGACUACAUCCUCUGGUCAAAGGUCACCGAGGGCCUGCUGAGGGGCAACAUGGGAAUGGAGGAUCUGUUCUCAGGUGGAGAUACAGUCGGAUGCUCCCGAAUAACCGCUUCAGAGCCGCUGAUGCACAAGAACUAUCUUCAGUAUCUGUAUGAUGCACGCAGAUCCGUCUGUACGACCGUCCAAGCGUGCGACGUGUGGUCGGCUCCGUACGACGGCCUCAAUCCGUCCCCGGACGAGUAUCAGGACGAGGAUGAGGACGAGUGCCUUCCUCGCUCUACUCCGCCUCCUCAAACGCCGACUCCUCAUCCGCCUUCGGAAACCAGCUCCACCGGCGACCGCGAGCGAGUCGGGACGCUACUCGAGCUGGAAUGGGACGAUACGUACGACGCCGUGCCGGACAGGGAACCGACGCCCGACGUUCCAGACGAACCACCGAAACACAUUCAGGAAAUGCGUAAAAACGCCAUCAUGCUGAUUAAAGGAAGUUAUAUCGAGGAGUCGGAAUUUCAGGAUGAUGUGUUGGUUUAUAAUCUGAUUGCGCAAAAAGAUGCUCGUGAUGACCGGCGGAUAUUCGUCAAAAAUGGCUUGAAUAAACCAACCCACAAUCUCUACCUAAACAACAAUCUGAUGCACGCUAAUCACACACUGAACCAUAAUCACGCAGAAUAUCCAGAAUCCGAACCGAUUGUGAACGGACGUGGUUUUGAGGAGCAGAAACCGGAAUUAGAGGGUGAUGCUGCGCGUCUGGACCACAACUGCAAUGAGAGCAAAACGGCCGAAGCCGCAGGAGACGACUUCAUCUCGCAGUGUCUGGAGCUGAUUCGGGAUCUGGGCGGAGAGGAAGACUGCGUCGUGGAGGAUGAAGAGCAGCUCCAGCGGCUGCAGGAUCUCCUGCAUGGGGACGAGGAGGAGGAGCUGGACUUUACCUGCUUCUGUGAGGAGUGUGAGGGUGAAGACGAUGCAGAUGAAGAACUGAAUAAAGCCGAGAGCAGGAAACACGGGAUCUCGUUUACAGGGCCGUUCAUCAGCGUCCUGCUGUCCCGUCUGGAGAACUUGCUGGAGAACUCCAUUGAGGUCAACCUGCUGCUUACAGGGAUUUUAGCACAGCUGGCCACAUAUCCACAACCGCUGCUGCGAGGAUUCAUUCUGAACACCAGACCCGCGUCUCAGACCGGUGCACGCUCACUCUACCAGGUUCUGCUGUCGGUGGGUUGUCAGAUUGAACAGUACGCAGCGUCCAAUCCAGAUUUUCCCGAGCUGGUCCGUGAAGCCGCCCAGUACCUGCUGCUCAAAGACCAGGCCUUAAAAGAGCAAGAGAGAGAAGUCCACAUGCAAGAAAACGCCAGCUGGUUCCUGAAUGGCCACGUCUCGGGUCGUCCACGCAAACCUCUUCCUCCCUGCCCCAAAAUCCCGCCGCACCUGCGGAACAGAGUGUUCACUACGUUUCUGUUCGCCGAGUUCCUGAAGGAGCUGGCAGCCAUUGCGCAAGAGCACUCCAUAUUACCUGAGCGAACUGCGGAGGAGUGACACACCUCAGAUUGUGAGUUUCACAGCAACAAUCAAAUGCAAACAUCUCUGGACGCUUUCCCAUUCAUUUCCUAAGGACGGUCAGUUCUGACCUCAAACAGCCAAUGUGUCUGGGUUUUUUUAAUGACCUCUUAGACUUAUAGUUCAGUUUUUUUAAGUUUUACGUUUUUUGACCCCCUGUUGUGUUGAGGUCAAAUUGACCCACACUCAUUUUUAUAAACUGCUUGAAAUACUCUUUAUUUCUUACUGAAAUUUGGUGGAUAUUUUUUUAUUUAGCGUUGUGAAUGUGCACGCAAAGUUUCGGCACAUGGAUGUGUUUCGGAAAGGCUGUACAAAAACUAUUGCAACUUUUGUGUUGGGUCAAGUUGACCCACGCUCAAACUUUCAAACUGCUCGAAAUACUGGUUAAACUGUUUAUUUCUUUUUGAAAUUUGGUGAAUAUUUUUCAUUUAGGGUUAUAAAUGUGCAAGCAAAGUUUCAACACAUAGAUGUGUUUUAGAAAAGCUGUACAAAAAUCGUUACAGCUUUUGUGUUGGGUCAAAACUGACCCACAUUCUAUUUUACAAACUGCCCAAAAUACCAGUUAAACUACUUACUUAUUCUUGAAAUUUGGUGGAUAUUUUUCAUUUAGGGUUAUAAAUGUGCAAGCAAAGUUUCAACACAUAGAUGUGUUUUAGAAAAGCUGUACAAAAAUCGUUACAGCUUUUGUGUUGGGUCAAAACUGACCCACAUUCUAUUUUACAAACUGCCCAAAAUACCAGAUAAACUACUUAUUUCUUCUUGAAAUUUGGUGGAUAUUUUUCAUUUAGCGUCAUGAAUAUGCAUGCAAAGUUUCGGCACAUAGAUGUGUUUCGGAAAGGCUGUACAAAAACUAUUACAACUUUUGUGUUGGGUCAAAUUGACCCAUGCUCAAAUUUUCAAACUGCUCGAAAUACUGGUUAAAAUAUUUAUUUCUUCUUGAAAUUUGGAGGAUAUUUUUCAAUUAGCACCAUGAAUGUGCAUGCAAAAUUUCAGCACAUAGAUUUGUUUUGGAAAGGCUGUACAGAGUUUGUUACGACUUUUGUGUUGGGGUUCAUUUGACCCACAUACGUAUUUUAAAUGACUCAAGAUACUGAUUCAACUAUUUAUUUCUUCUUGAAAUUUGGUAGAUAUUUUUCAUUUAGUGUCAUGAAUGUGCAUGCAAAGUUUCCGCACAUGGAUGUGUUUUGAAAAGGCUGUGCUGAGAAUUGUUACUACUUUUGUGUUGGGUCAAAUUGACCCAAGCUCAAAUAUUCAAACUGCUCAAAAUACUGGUUAAAAUGUUUAUUUCUUCUUAAAAUUUGGUGAAUAUUUUUCUUUUACGGUCAUGCAUAUGCAUGCAAAGUUUCAGCACAUAGAUGUGUUUUGGAAAGGCUGUACAGAGUUUAUUAGAACUUUUGUGUUGGGUUUAAACUGAGCCCCACUGGAUUCUAUGCAAUUUGCCAAAAAUCCACAAUCUGAAAAACAUUAAACAUUAACAUUAAGCCUGUUGCAGCACUGAAAAAGUGUGAGAAACUCAUUCUACUCUCACAAGGGUUUAAGAAAAGGACAUAACAAUAAAACACUGGGAAGUACAAAUAGCAAUAAAAACUACUUACACCAAGUACAAAUAAUGUUAGGAACUGUUUAUACUUGUAGUUAUUUCCUCCUACAAUGACAAAAACGUAUUUUGUGUCUGUUAAACAUGAAAAUAUCAAAAUAUGUGGUCAAAUUGACCACUAACACAAUAGAAAUAACACUAUAAAAAUUGAUGGGAAUUAUUAAAUUUCUCACAUAUUUUAUAUUUUUUAGUCUCUGACCAUCUACAGUAGAGGUGUUCUGUUUUACAUGAAUCUUUAGUGUUUUUCAUAGUGUUUAUUUUUGACAAAUUGCAUGAAAACCACUGUGGGUCAAUUUGACGAACAAACUCUAAAGCUGCUGUACUCAGUUUUUGAACACAACAGGAGGCUUAAAAACAAUAGAAUUGGUCAAAAAUGACCGAAAAGCACAUUAGUGUUAAAUUCAUUAGCAUACAGAUGAGCUCAAAGCUUCAAACAUGCACUUGAAGCCACAGAAGAUUUAUUUGUUUGGUUUGGAGGUUCUGGUUUACAGUUCAUGUGAACUCUGGUACGGUUUGUAACUGCUAUUAAAGAGAUCCGGACCUAAUUUGUGCAAGUGAACCUUCACUGAUGUAUAAUUUGAUGUAUUGAGAGGGUCAGAUGUCUUAUUUCUGUGUCUUUUAGCUCAUUUUGCAGAAACACACAGCACAGUCUUCAUGAUAAUGCCUCUUUUAAAGGAACAGUUCACCUCAAAAUAAACACUCACAUUUACUCAAAGAGUUUGCAAAGAAUCACCACUGAUUUUAAUUUAAGAAAACACCUAUCAAGCUCUAAAAUGUACACAAUAAUAUGAGUCAACGUGACUCAUGCAGUAUAUUCCCAAGCACAUUUUCAUUUUUGCCUGGACUGUUGCUUUAACAAGCAAACUCAAUUUUUGUUUUUUGUUGAUUCAGACUUUGUGCUUUAUAUUAUAUGGGUUGUUAUUUUAUUAUUUGUGUAUAGAUGAAUCACUGUAAUUAGUUGUUUAUCAGCCAAUUUUAAACCUGUAGUAUGUUAUUUGUGUGUGUGUGAAGCUUCUCAAAACAACAUAACGUUCAAGACAACUCGUCAGAAAACUAGUGAUAUUUAAAGUCAACACGAAAUGGCAUUUACAAUACAUUUUACUUCCAUAAUGUGAACAUUUCUGAGGAUAUUCAAUGAGAAAAUGCAGAGCAUUUAGUAAGUAUCUCUAUAUGAAGAUACAAUUGGUGUAGAAGUGGAGAAAGUAUUAUGCUGAAAGAUGAUGAAGACAUGCACCGUACAUGAAUUAAGAAAAUCAGCAGAUUUGAUUCUUUUGAUUUCAUGUUGACUGUAAGCACAAUUUCUGAAAAUGUUUCAUGUUGUAUUCCACUGAAUAAUCAGGGGUAACAUUUUUGUCCACCUGAUUUAUCUCAAUACUGAAUUGAAGCCGAUGUGAGAUUUCAAUCCACUGUGUGUUUGUUACGUGACGCUGCUUACAACAUUUUCAGAUCAUUUUUUAGAUAAAACCGUCACCGCAAUCACUUUAAAUUCUGUCUUUUUCAGCUACAAAUGCCUGAGAACUCUAGAACCAAAAUCUGAAGAGAAGAAUUGAAUAACUCAAAUGUAACUCAAAAUAACAGGAGCAGGAUUUCAAGCCUUAUUUUGCUGUGCAUCUGUACAUUUGAAAUUUGUUCAAACUAAAGCAGAAGAAGCUUUUUGAGAUGUUUUAUGACCUGUUAUGAUGUCAAUGUAAAGUUUUGUACACAUAUUUUUACAGAUCAAUCAGUCACGAGGAGGACAACAGAAAUAUGGGUUGUUUUUAAUAUGAGCCUUUGUAAUAUUAUUCUGCCCCCUGGUG